UGCCACCAUCUUUAAUUUGACUUGGGGUUUAAUUUAUAGUCACUCAAGUAUAUACGUACAGGAUAAAUUAAUAUCCUCGAUUUCUAUUUGUGGUUCCAUAUCCAUUCUGUUAUCGUUUGCAUCUUUACUUUAUACCUGGUUGUGCAUAAAUCUAAAUAUGGUAGUCAACUUACGAGUCUUGAAGUCUUGUAAUAAUUAUAAUUCCAAUUCUAAUUCCAAUUCCAAUUCCAGUACAAACACAAACACAACCACUCACACUAUGAUCACCAGAAAUAGUAAUAAUCAUAAAAGAAAAUCAAAUGAAUUGGAAGACAUCACCAAUAACUCUUCACCGAAGAAGACGAGAAAACUAAAGGUUACCUUUGGUGGAAAUACAACUACAACCACAAUGACUACUCGUCUGCAUACGUAUCAUCAGAAGAAGCAGCCGCUGAAUCAUCAGAAACAUCAUCCUAAGAAACAGCUGCAACAGCAACAGCAACAGCAACAUCAUCAACACCAGCACCAACACCAGCACCAACAUAUAAUUCAUCAGACUCCUCCUUCACCUCCUGAACAACAAAGAUCUCCAUCUCCUAUCAGUUCAGAAGAAACUACUGUAACAGAAUCAAUUGCCACUACCAAACAAAAAUCAGUCACAUUUGAGUUACCAGAAGAUCGGACAUUUUAUGAAAGUUCACCUCUUUUAACUCCUAAAGAAGAAGAAGAUGAUGAUGAUGAACUUAUUUCUUCCACUACAAGUAAUGAAGUAGACCUUGUAAAUACAAGCACAAAUACAAAUACAAAUACAAAUACAAAUACAAACACAAACUCAUCGUGCUCGUCUGCUUCAUCCUAUACCUCAUCAACUUCGACAUCACCUUGUGAUUUAGAAAGUUCAAGAUCAUCUAGUCCUGCUUCAUUUACAGAUAAGAAAACCAAUGACAACACAAGCACACCAGAUGUGACUGAUUUAAAUACCAAUCCUGAUUACAUAGCCUUAAGUUCAUCCUUAAGACUAGUUAGUAAUACCAAACAACAAAUUAAACAAGAUAUUAUCCAAUUAUCAUCUCUUUAUAAUAAAUUUAGUGAGAGUGAUAAUAAAGAUGAAAUCAUUGAAUUUUUUAUGAAAUUAAUGUCCCACCAAGUCCAAUUACCCAAACCUCAUAGUAUCUUAAAGGCACCUACUAUUGAUUGGGCAUCAUAUCAUCCAUCCUUGGCUCGAGCCAAUAAUGAGUUUGAAACUUUAUUAAAAGUGUCUGGUAAGAAGGAUGAAUCACUCUAUAAGGCAUUACAGAUGUUUGAUAAUAGUAAUAAUAAUAGUAAUAAUAAUAAAUAUAAUAAUAAGUGAUUCAUUCAUCUACCGUCUGAUUUUAAGUUUCUACAGUUUGUUUUAUUUCCUUAUGGUCCAUAAUAUCUUUAUGUUUUUCCUGGUGUUCUUUAUGUAUUUCAUUACUGUCGACAGCCAUACUGCUCGACACAGGUUUAGCUUAUGAAUGAUUGAUUUCGCUUGCUUUUCUUUUCUUUUCUUUUCCUUUCUUUUCCUUUCUUCUCCUUUCUUGCUUGUUAGUUCAGUUCAUUUCUCACUUCUCCCUUCUCCUAUAUAUACUCUCAGCUUAAUAGUUAUCAAUCUCCCGUAGCUGGUGAUUCGGUAUAGCUCUUUUUGAUUUUUUUUUUUUGGAUUCUUUUUCUUUUCUUCAUUUUAAAGCAUAUAGACUCGUCUUCGUCUCGUUUAUAGGGUUGGUCAAUGGUUACAUUGGCUAGGUUAAUAUAUACUUUACAGGUGAAUAAUCAAAGUAAACAUU